AUGUCGUACCUUGAACUUUCACAUAAUCUCGCCGAUGCCUUCAAUGCGCUGGCUGACGAGGCACAGGCUCUGAAUGACCGCCGUGUCGUUCUGGAGCACAAACUGCGUUUUGCCCAUGAGCAGUUCCAGCACCUGGCCGACAAGUAUGCGCCUGCCUCGCCUGACAUAACCGACACGUUAGCCAAGCUGCAGCUGCCUCCUCACACAUCGGUCGACCGAACUUCCCCUGUGCCUCUCCUCAGACGGGAGAACCCACUGUCUCAGCACCACGUCGCUGUUGUCAUCCGAGACGGCCGCCGUCUGGCUUCUCAGGUAGCCUCGAUGACCAGCAAGAUGUCCGAUUCGACGCGAGACUCCGGCUCACGUACAUCAGGUGAUAAGCCGUCAUCCAUGUCCACUGCUCUGGAGCAAGACUUUACCAUCGAGGGGAAAAAGGGAAAUCUGCAAUGUCCCUUCUCACGGCGCCAGUCUCCCGAUCGCUCCGGUGAAGAGCCCGAGGAGGAAGCGGACGACCAGCCAGGCCCAAUGCCCCAUGACAUCGACGACCCUAUAUGUGCUGCCAUGUAUGAAGAGUCGGCCGCACUCAGUCAUGCUGCCAAAAGCAACACGGCAAGCAAGUGCCCUAUCCGCUAUAUGGACAAGCACUCCCCCGAGGAGAUUGCCCACUAUGUGGAGACACACAAGCAUGAACUGCCGCGUAGCCACGAGGUUUGUCUUCGUCGUUAUAAUAAUGAGGAGCAAGUCAAGCAGCUGGAUUCCAAGUAUGGCAACAUUGUCAGCAUGGUCGAGGGUCUCGGCCAACUGCACCAGUCGAUGCUCCGCGAAUCUGGAGAACAGCUUGAGCCGACUCGCUACGUCGAGGGCGAUAAGGCAUCUAAUGAGCGUGUGCAAAAAUGGGCCACAACGGUAACAGCCUCGGCUGCGUCCGAUCUGGAGGAGGCGGUUGAGAAUACUGCUGCUCCCGAGCCCGACGAAGAUGAUGACGACGCAGCCCGCCAGGGUCGCUUUGACCGACCCCUCAAGGAAGUCAGGGUUGGCGAGUCACCCAGCCGUCCCUGGGGCAUCAGCGUACCCAUCUACGACAUGCCCGGCUACGGGGAUGAACUACCCUUCUCUCCUCCUCCAGCCCCCGUUCGCAUGAGCUCUGGCCAUGGCAAUGCCACGUCGCCACAUGACGACGGGCAGCCGCCGGCCCGCAAGCCAGGCAAGUGUCCCUUUGAUCACACCAAACUCCAAGGCUUCCCAGGUAUGGCGACGGCCAUGUCUCAGCAUCAUGGCCCUGAAGUCCAAGAUGAAGAGGAUAUCGACGCCCCCAGAACGCCUCAACCUCCCCAUAAUUUCACCCCCGCUAAGGAGCCUUCCACACAUGCCCACGGCCACCCCCCUCCACCCCUGACUUCCUCAUCUCGUCAGCACCUCGGCCAGCCUCCUGCUUUUAUCAAACCAGGCAAUGGAAUCACCGGUGGCCCCCCUCCUCCCAACGGGGUCCACGCCCCUCCUCAAAUGGUGUUCACGGGCCCCGUAUUCAUCGGAUACCCCGUCGAUCAAGCCAUACAAAUCAUGAACCAAUACCGUCCCCCGGCGGUGUAA